CUGCCCCUCAGCCCAAUCUGGACCCGCCCCCCAUUUCUGCCAUCCUCCUGCCACCCCAUAUCAGCCCAUCCUGCCCCCUAUUUCUGUCCCCCUUUGCCCUGCCUUCAUCCCCCACAUUUUUGUCCCCUGCCUCCUCCCAUUUCUGUCCCUCCUCCCUGGUCUGCCCCCUUCAUUUUUAUCCCCUCCCCCAUAUUUCUAGCCCACAUCUGACCUUCCCCCUUUGGGGCCUCUCAUUGGAGGAGCUGAGAGCAGGGCACACACCAGUUGGCUGAUGCAGGUGUCAUUUAGCAAAGAUGAACCUGCCCACCUGCCUCAUCUCUGAUGGUGCUGGCUGAGGGGAGGGAAAAUGGUGGGAAAAGCUGUGAGGGGUGAGGGUGCCUGCCCUCUGCUCUGACACCCUUCAGUGAUGGGGGGACAGUCUGGGGUCCCCCUGUGAGCCGUGAAACAGUCCCGCCAUCCCCAUGGGGCUGGCCAUACAUUUAUAGGGGUUUCCUAAUGGGACCAAAUUGUGGGGCUCCAUCUGGGGUCACCCCAUAGGGUUGGCCCCUCACUUUUGUGGGAUUCCUUGUGUGACCCCUUCUAGCAGCCUGGGAGCCCUGGUACAGGGACAUGACAUGCCAAGCCACGGCGUCCGUUCCCUCCACUGUUAGCCCUGAUGCAGGGCACUCCAGGCACAAAUCUCCCCUUCCUAUGAGCCUAAUAUGGGAUCCAUGCUCAUUUGGGAUUGACGCCGGAGCCCCUUCACUCAUAUCCAAGAUCAAGCUCCUCCAGAAUUCAAUGAAAGAGUUACUUUAACAAUGGUGGGAUCCCACAUCCACUGAGCUGUCUCCUCUAAUCAAAUUGAACAUGUUUAUUAAUACUCACCAUCUCAAGUCAGACUGGGUCAAACUUCUCUUGGGGACUUUUCUUGGACUGUGAGGAAAUCUUUCUCGUAGAUCCACUUUACUUUUAAAACUGAAUGGAAUAGAAUAAGCAGAGUAUUGCCACCCUAAAUACAGCCAGACCAAUUACCCUGAAAAUGAGACUUGUUUAGGGGAGGAAAUGAGAUUUUAAACAAUAAGGUUUACAUUGAAGAUUGUCUUUUAAGCUUUUCCACUUAACCAUGAGGGCUAGAAAUAAAGUUUUAAAGCAGAACUGAGUGUCUUAUGUAAUCCCGUGACUCCAGAAGCUGAGGCUUUUAAGAAAAACUCCAAAUAAUAUGAGCAUUAGCAAUCCUAAAGUGAGGGUUUUGUUUUUUUUCCAACUAACUAGUUUUAAGGCCUGGAGGAUACCAGAUAGGGGCAGAUUAAAAGGACUGGUGAUGACUAGCUUCCUGCAGCAUUUUGGCCUAGUAAAUAAUAGUUUUAAUGCAAAAAUAAUUACAAUAGUUAAACUCACUUAUCUUUCUUUUUAUUUUAUUUUUUUUACACAUUAAUGUCUACAGUGUUUUGAAGAUUUUAGUCUAGGAACACAAAGCCACGCUUACAACCCCUGUUAAAACUUCAUCUCAGAAGCUCUGAAAUGUAUAUCUGAAUCAAAAAAGCUUGUCCUGCGAAGUUCCUCACAAAACACAGACUACUUAAAACUCCCCUAGCAAAAUCAAUUCAUAGAUAAAAGCGGUUACUAUGUCUAAUCAGGAAGGUGAAAAUGAGGAGCCAGCACAGGAGCUAGCUAUACCUGACAGCCUGUUCUUUGCUACCUUGGAGAGAGAUGAAUUCUCUAGUGAGUGCCCAUCAAGGAAAGAACCUCCCCCUGCUUCUCCUACCUACCCUGGUGCCGACACUGCUAUGGCUGCCCUGGAUGGCAAAUCAUCCAAUUACCUUGCAGCCCUGGAUGCAAACAUUGAAAACCUGCAGAAGAGGACACAGCAGCUGAUUGAUAAGAUUAAUGAGAACCGAAAGAAGGACCAUACGGUCAUGAGCAAUUUCAGGGAGAGCCUCCUGCUGAAGGUCUCGACAUUGGCAGAGAAGCUGGAAGAAAUGAUGUUUCUCAUUUACGAUCUCCAUAACAAGCUAAUGCAGGAUAAGCUCCAGGAGCUCUCGGACGCAAUGGGAAGGAUCAGCCAGAUCGGAGCUGAGCUCAGGCAAGUCUGCCACGCUGUGGAGGCAGCUUAUAAGGACUUGUGCAUUCAGCCUGAGAUGUGAGAAUAGAGGAGGGGGAAAGGGUUGGGGGAAGAGACCAACAGCCAAAAAGAGCCAGCUGGAGCCAAAGCCUUCCAUAAAAACCAGGGAAGGAGUUAACAGCCAAACCCACCUCACAUCUGCUCCCCCUGUGCAAAUGGAACAAGGGCGAUACUGAGCUGAUAAGGCCCCUUCCUCCAGCCUGUUGCCACUAAUUUGAUCUUUAAGGUCACAACAACCUCUUGUACUUCCAUGUUCUAAUGAGUGGCAUGUUAGAACCAGGUGGGUUAAAGGAACAUGUUGGGAAGAUUCAGCCUUAAGGAGUGCAAACUGCCUCAUGUACAGGGUGGCGGUUAUAAUUAAAACAUUCUGAAGAUAGACUAGGACUGCACAAGAGCUGAACAGCUGCUAGCAAAUUUCUACACCCUGCUGCUUUUUUGGCAUGUUUUUUCUCCAAUGUGUUUGCAGGCAAUCUCUAGCCAGCUCUGUGCAGAAGACGUGUAACCCUCUUAUGGCAUGUUAGUGUAAGGCAUUUGGUAAAAGGUUUCGCCAAUGCUACAUUUUUGCUUGGUCUCAUUCAGCAAUUUGCCCAUUUUGUUAUCUCUAAUUGUUACGUAGCAAUAUGGAAAAAAACCCAGUGUAGUUUAAAACAGCAAAGAAAACAAAAAUUUAAUUUUGGGGUGGUUUGUUUUUUUACACAGGAGAACAGAUUUUAAAUAGCUGUUUCCCAUAAGCUCUGCCUGUUCUCAACCACAAGAGCAGAGAGAGACCCUAACAGACAGAGGGGUUGAAAAAGUAACAUGUUUUGUUAAUAGCCCUACCUACAACGAAUGGAAAAAAACUAGUAACAGAAGGAGAGAUAAGAGGUAGAUUUCAUAAUGCCUCCUGUCCUCUUCCUCCCAGUCAGAGCAGUAGUAAUUUUCCCGUUCUGAGUUCCUAGAACUCAGAGCUGAUGCAUUGAUUCAGGAGACUCUACCCUGGCAGUUAAGCUUUCAAGCAAUGGCUGGCUCAGCUGUCUGAUCCCCUCAAUAUUACAGCGGAUCUCGGGCUAAUUUCCAUUUCAUAUAAGCACCAGCACAGACCAGAUUUUCAAGAAUACCUGAGAGGCUGGAAGCUGGGCACUUGAGAAUCUGGUCCUGCCUGUAGUCACAGGUCAAUGCACCUGCCCAUGUGAACUCCUUCCCUUGGAAUCUUAUCUGCCAAUGCACCUGUUUCUGUAAAUCUUAAUCUGUGUUCAUCUACUCACCAUUCACCAGGCCUAUGUUUUACUCCAGAACUGACAGUCAGAAAUACCAGUUGUCUAAAAUUCAGGAAAUUUCCCUUCAGUAAGGGGUACAAAACUUGAAACACAACCUGCUGCUGGGGCAUUUGCUUGUUUUGCAAUACAAAAAAAAAAGAGUGGGUUUCCAGGACAGCAAGCAGUCUGGGGCCCGUGAAACAUAACUGGGCAGCUCAUAUUCUAUCUAGUUGGAUCAACAGUGACCACAACUGAGAAAGCAAGACGCAUAACUUUUGUUUUUCUUUUACUGUAUGUUUUAAAAUUUAUUAAUCUAAAAAACCGAAGGAGCCUCAAACCAGCAGCACUCAGCUAAGGGCUACCAAGAGGAAUUUGUAGUGAUGGAUCCUUGCUUCUGCAGCCCUCAAAGAGCUUCAAGACUCCUUGACCUCCUCUGACAUCAUGAGAAAAAUGAGGCAUAGAAAUAAGAAGCAACUAGCCCAAAGCCAAGUGGUAACUCAGUGAUAGCUAGGAAUUAAAGUCCCAGCAGCAGAUGGUGCCAGGCUUCCCAAGCUCAGCUGCUCUGUUGUAUGGAUUUGAUAAGUCCCACAGGCAGUGUACAGAGAUGUGCCUCUUAGCAUGGUCCAGUGAAGAGAAGGCCUGUUUAGUAUAGCUAGGGGUCUGUGGGCUUGUGCCCACACAGAAAAUGAUAGCAACCUCUUGGGGGGGCGGGGCAGGCAUGGCACUGAGUGUGCACUGAGUUCUUGGGAUAACUAAUGCAAAACCAGGGCUAUAAAGAGAGGGAAGCUCUCCACUAUCACAUCAGUCCAGAUCCACGGAGCAAGUUUUAGGUGAGCUUUGGCAUCCAAUGGAACUAAACAAAAAAAAAAAAAAAAGGAACCAUUGCAGAUCCUUGCAGCUGAUCCCAGAAAGCUGUUGCAUUGUGCCAUCAAGGAGCAAACAGCCAACCAAGCCAAUCCUUCCUUACAAACUCAUUGUGCAUCAUCCACUUGAUAAAAGUGUCUCCAGUGUCUUCUCACAUACCCCCCCAAAUACAGCAAUCAAAAAACAAACAAACAAACAAGCAAAACCCCCCCCCAAAAAAACAAUAACAGGGGUGUUAUUGGGCCUGUUUUCUUGAUAGCAUUAGAUCCUUUACCCAAGCUGAAGGCAAAGGGAGAACUUAUUUUGGCUUCCCAAGCUUGGGAGGGGGAAAAAAGUUAAAAUCAGCCACUGAGAUUCGUGGGUAAAUCUUGCUGCACAUUACACAACAAUCACAGAAACAAAC